AUGUCUACAUCAACAACUUCAACUGGUGUUGUAAAUGCAUCAGAUAUUUUAGAGAACAGUAGAUAUAGCUCUGGUCAUCUUGUAGAUAAAGACGAUACUUUGAAAUACGAUCUAAAGAAUUUAACCGCAUAUGAUUAUUCAUCUAUAAAUAAAGUAGAGUUCAAAGAAAACGAAGAAGAAUAUUUAAAGAAUUUGUCAAGAGAUAAUGUACAGUUGUUAGUUACCAAGCUUUUCAGUCUGCCAAUUAAAGCAAUCGAAGAAGGUGCAUUGGCAUUGUUACCAAAUGACUUUGCUUCACUCACACCAACUCCAAGAGAGAAAGAGUUACCAUCUGCUAAAUCACAUACAAGAUGGGAGGCAUUUGCUGCUUUGAAGGGUAUCAAGAAGAAAGGAAAGAAGGCAAGAAUGGAAUGGGACGAACACUAUCAAGAGUAUCGUCAAUCCUAUGGUGCCAAUCGUGCUAACAAACAUGAAGAUUAUAUUAUGGAAGCUAAAGAAUCUGAUAAGGUAGGAGAAGAUCCAUUUAGUAAGGCAGAGGAAGAAAAGAGAGAAAAAGUAAAUAAGCAAAAGAAGAGAGAAAACAGAAACUUGGAAGAGUCAUCGAUGCGUAGCAAUGCCGGUAUUGGAAAGGUAAAGGAUUUCGGCAAGGACAACAGAUCACAGCUAAAGUCAGAUAUUGGUAACACAUUCAAUGUCGCCAAGGUUAGUACUGCCAGUAUGGGUAAAUUCGAUAGAUUGAUGAAGGACGAAGCCGUCAAACCACAACGUAACGUCAAGAAGCAAAGAGGACUCGGUGAUGACUCGAACAUCGCCAACGAGAACAAAUCCAACAUGAAGGUAUUGGAUCGUAUAUUUAACAAGGAAUCAAAUAUCAACGUCGACAAAGCCACCAACCAAUUCAUCGCCCAAGAACAAAAAGCAAAUUACAACAAAAAGUUUGAUCGUCCACAAAAGAGACAAAAGAAAUAA